AUGGAUAAGCGUCUCCAGUGUUUCACAUUACAAGGAGUCAAAGAAAGGGAGUGGGCUCUUGAGAGCCAGAUCCGCUAUAUCAAAGUGACAGGAGGACCUGUUGGUAGGGAAGGCUUGUUAGUUGGACUCAAAUCUGGUCAUGUCUUUAAAGUAUUUGUCAACAAUCCUUUUCCAGUUCAGUUGCUAAAGUUAAGUGUUGGAAUUCGUUGUCUUGAUGUAAGUUCCAGCAGAACAAAAUUAGCUGCCAUUGAUGAACAGAAUACAUGCCUUGUAUAUGACUUAAAUACAAAAGAACUUUUAUUUCAAGAACCAAAUGCAAACAGUGUCUCUUGGAACUCAGAAUAUGAAGACAUGUUGUGCUUCUCUGGAAACGGUUAUCUAAAUAUUAAAUCCAGCAAUUUCCCUAUUCAUCAACAGAAACUAAUGGGAUUUGUUGUUGGUUUCAGUGGAUCCAGGAUAUUUUGUCUGAAAAUGAACUCCAUCAUGUCAGUUGAUGUUCCUCAGUCUGCCUCCAUGUAUCAAUACUUGGAGAAGAAGCUCUUCUUAGAAGCAUCCAAAAUUGCUUGUCUUGGUGUGACAGAUUCUGAUUGGAAUGCUUUGGGACGACAGGCUCUAGAAACUUUGGAUCUGAAGACAGCAAAAGAGGCUUUCAUCCGCACUAGAGAUUACCAUUAUUUGGAACUAAUCAACAACAUUGAAGACAGACGGAAACGGGGUGAAAAUGACAAUGUUGUCUUUUUAGCUGAUAUAUAUGCCCAGCAAGGCAAGUUUCAAGAAGCAGCUAAACUUUACAAGAAAACUGGUCAAGAACAAAAGGCUAUGACAAUGUUUUCUGACCUCCGGAUGUUUGACUGUGCCAAGGAUUUUAUUGGAUCUGGGGCUCCAUUUGACAAACGGCAACUAAUUAGCAAGCAAGCUGAUUGGGCUAAAAGCAGCAAUGAACCACGGAUUGCUGCAGAAAUGUAUUUGUCAGCUGGUGAAUACAUAAAAGCUGCAGAAAUCAUGGGAGAACAUGGCUGGUCUGAUUUAUUGCUUAACUUAGCUCAUAAAGUCGACAAGGGAGACCAUGAAGUCCUUUCACUUUGUGGUAAAUUCCUUACUGAACAGAAGCAAUACAACCAGGCUGCUGAAGUUUACACCAAGAUGGGAGAUGUUAAAACCCUCAUCAAACUUUGGGUUAUGGCUAAAAAAUGGGAAGAUGCAUUUACUCUUGUGGAGCAGAAUCCACAAUUCAAACUUGAUGUCUAUGUACCCUAUGCUCAGUAUCUAGCUGAGACUGACAUGUUUGAGGCAGCCCAGCAAGCAUAUCAUAAAGCUGGAAUGCCUGAUGCUGCUAUGAAGGUCUUGGAGCAACUAACAUUUAAUGCUGUCAAGAAGAGCAGAUUCUGUGAUGCUGGAUUCUAUUACUGGAAACUUUCCUUCCAAUGUCUUGAAAUGGCACAAGAUGACCCUAGCAAGGAAAGAGACUUGUUGGACAAGUUCCGUGAUUACCAAAGGAAAGCAGAAAUAUACUAUGCUUACCACUUCAUACACAGAUAUGUGGAAGAACCUUUCACAUCUCACAUGCCACUGUCCAUGUUCCACAUGGCUCGUUAUUUGUUGCAUCGUUUGAAUGGAGACAUUCCAGUUGGCAUUUCCAAAGUGUAUCCUUUUCUUUAUGUAGUUUUCUUAUUUUUAGUUGGCAUUUACUAUGGCUCUUUCUAUGGUCCACAAAUAUUCUGCUUAUAA